AUAAAAAUAAAACCUGUGAUAAGUGAUAAGUUUCUGGUUUCUCAUUAUUAUUGUUUAAAGAGAAUAAUAAAUAAUAAUCCAUCUGGUGAUUUAAAAAUGGUUAAGCUUAUCUUUGUUGGAGUUUCGUCAGAAAAACAAAUAAGAACCUUGGACUUAUCAUCACGUUUUUUGGAUUAAAAAAACGUAAGGGCUUAUUACAAGUGACAACUUAAGAUUAAUUGAAAUAAUUUAGUAUCAAAUUGAAACCUUCAAAUUUUAAUUUUUGAAAACGUCUUUAUUGGCGGUUUUUUUUGGUUCAAAAACAGAAAACCCUGCGGAGGAGUAGGUUACUAGAUUUACAUUCCAUUAGAUUAGUCGGGUGUUAAAUUUGCUAAAAACGAUGGAUUCAUCCGAUUACGUGUUAGAAACGCUAAGAAAAGACAUAACUGAGCAUAAUUUACAAAUCAGGGCCAUAAUCCAGGACAUUAACGCAUGCGUCGGUCCAUUGGCAGAAUUGCAAGGUUUGAAUAGCGCGGGACGUUCAAAAAUUUCCGCUUUGCGGAAAUUCAUCGACAAAUUCGGGGACAUAGCGAAAGAACGUAAAAAUUCAACGUUUUUGAAAGAUGUUGUUUCAUAUCGUGAACAAUUAGCUAGUACAAUGGAAGCGUUUAAAAAAGCCAAUAUUAAUGCGAUGUUGGCUAUAGAAAAGGGGGCCCAAGAAGAGUUAUUAAAACCGAAAACUGAAGAAAUGGUACUGCGUCAAAGACAAAAACGGGAUAAAGAAAAUUUGGUUAAAAUGAGCUCAAAUGUAACAGAACAAUUAUUAUCAAUCAGUAGGCAAUUAGCUGAUACGACGAAAAGGAGUGCGGAUACUCUGGACGCGUUAGUUACUUCCUCUGAUACUGUAAUCGGGUCACAGGAAGAACUCAAAAUAACGUCAAGUACAAUUAGCCAAUCGGGAAAAUUGCUGGCGAAGUAUGGGCGAAGGGAAUUCACUGAUAAAAUAUUGAUGUUUUUUGCGUUCGUGUUCUUUGUAGCUUGUGUCUUUUAUAUUGUUCAAAAAAGAUUAUUUUAAAUAAAAAAAUACUUCACUGUCUUUCUCCUA